AUGGAGCCAGCAACGGGUGCAACUGGGUACGAAAUUGUAAGAGAUUGCCGAACGCCACGACCCUUUGAUCUGAUAGAGAGUAAUAACGGUAAUCUCAAAGAGUUUGAAGCAGGUGAACUACCACCUUGUACAGAAUGUGUGAUCCGAAUUUUUACAUUGGCGCCCAGUGGCAAAUCCGAAGGAAUAUGGAUUUCUGCAAAAACAUUUCCACAAAAGACGGUCAAUGUCAGAGCUCAAAUCCUGAGGGCAUUAAAAAGUGCGUUGCUUGUACAGUGGACAGAAACCACGAGAAACUGCUUUGUAGCUUAUCAGAUACAAAUUUCUUCGGCAACCAGCCAAAUUCUGGUCAACACGAGGGAGGAGGAUUCAACUCCAGACAUCCCUAAGAAUAUUAAAGCGGAGGUUAAAAAUUCCAAAUUAGUGUUAGUAAGUUGGGAUGUGGCUAAUCCAUCACCUGCAGUUGUAGCCUAUUCGCUGAGCAGCGUUGCCCUUGCUCUUCCAACUGUGGACAUCGUGCAGGCCUCCCAGAUUGAUAAAGAUAAAGAAGAAAUCGAAGUGAAAUGGACUGCUGUCACUGAAGAAAGUACUUUGAGUUGUCCCUUCUCUUAUUUGGUGAAGGCCAAAGGCAUAAAUCCAGUCACGAAGGAACCACUGGAAAAGAUGGAGGUAGCACCCCCAAACAAGUCUUCUCCCGAAGACCCUAAAAAUCUUCAGAUACUUAGUGCAACGGAAGAUUCAUUGACGAUAGGGAUGCAGCCAGUUACUGGUUCAUCCAGAUACGAAUACACGAAAAGAUGCGGUUCAUCAGCAACUUCGGCUGCUGUAACAAUUAAUGAUGGCAAUCUUAAAGAGUUUAAAGCUGAAGAACUGCCAUCUUGUCAAAGUUGCACAAUUACCAUUUAUACUUUGAUUAACAACAAAAAAUCUAGAGGAGCAGAUAUAUCGGGCCGAACAUGUGAGUAUAGAUUUUAUAUCCCAAUACGGCAAGAGGAUAUAAAAUCAAUGUAA